GGUUCCUUAGUGUGUUUUGUACUUCCUGGUUCAUAGCAAGCUCGUACAAGAUGCUACUCACCUCCUCAUGGCUUAUUGAUGGCUUAAUGUAUUUAAGCAUUUUACUUAUUACUACUUAUAGUUACCUUACAAGAAACUUUAAUUAUUGGAAAAGAAAAAAUGUUCGGUAUUUAAAACCUGUCCCUUUAUUUGGUAAUCUUUAUGACGUGUUAUCAUUUAAAACUACUACUCAAGAAUGUAUAAAGAAAAUUUGGGAUGAAAUAGAUGCACCUUAUUUCGGAAUGUUCAUUUUUGAUGAACCUGUAUUAGUUUUAAAGUCUCCCAAACUAAUUAAAGACGUUUUGAUUAAAGAUUCUUCGAUAUUUUGUAACAGAAGAGUUGCGACACCUUCACAUCCCAAUAUGGCACAUGGAAUGUUUUUCUUAAAAUAUAAUGAAUGGAGAAAAGUAAGGAAAAUGCUCAGUCCAAUUUUUACCGUAGGCAUGAUAAAAUAUUUGCAGCCUCAUAUAAUCGACAUAAACAAAACCAUGAUAAACUUUGUGCAAAAGAAUUGUGGUAUUUUUGAUGCUACAAAAAUUGGAGAAGAUUUCGCCAUUGAGUUUCUAGUUAGAUGUUUUUACGAAGCCAAUCCACGUUGUUUUAAUGAAAAAACAUCGGUAUUUAAGAAAUAUAUACACUCGAUGUUUGCUUUUAAUUUUAGGAAUGGAGUUGUCCAGAAUUUAUUCUUUUUAAAGCCAUCAUGGGCAUCUGCUUUAAAAUUAAAUUUUGUUGCAAAAAAUUGCAUUAAGUUUUUUGAAGACGUUUUUAAACGCAUAAUGACGACUAGAGAAAGUUAUGAUGGUAAACCGCGAAACGUGGUAGAUGUAGCAAAUAAAGCUGCCAGAGAAAAGAAAAACGGAGAACAAGAUACUCUAGAGUUUGAAACGAUUAUGUCCAAUGUUUUGCUAUUUUUAAUAGCAGGGCGUGACUCCACUACUUCAAUAAUAAGCUUUACUUUAUAUGAAAUUGCCAUUAAUCAAGAAAUCCAAAACAAAUUAAGGAAAGAAGUCAAAUUAAAUUUUCAAAAAUAUGGAUCGAUUUGUUUUGAGGGAGUCCAAGAUAACAAAUACUUAGAAAUGUGCAUUAAUGAAACUUUAAGGAAGUACCCUACUUUACCAUUUUUGGAUCGAACCCCUAUCAAUGAUUACCAGUUUAAGGAUACAGAUUUAAAAGUUGACAAAAACACAUCAAUACUAAUUCCACUGUUUGCUCUUCACAGAGAUGAGCAGAUUUAUCCUAAUUGUAAGCUGUACAGUCCUGAGAGAUUUUUAAAUGAAAAGAUUAACUCAGAUGGCUUGGAUUUUAUACCAUUUGGAGAAGGACCAAGAAUUUGUAUUGGUAAACGAAUAGGACUCCUGGCAGUGUCGAUGGCUUUAUCAAAUUUGGUUCUAAAUUUUUCAUUCGAAAAAUGUAACGAAACUCCUAACGAAAUUGAGUUUGAGACAAAAAGUUUUGCACUGACCUCAAAACAUGGACUGUUUGUAAAAAUAUCGCCCAUACAAGAAUAGGAAUAUUUAAUUAUACCAUAUGCAGUUAGAUAAAGGAAUGAAAUAAGUAGUUAGCCAAAGCCACUCAAUUAUUGAAUAGGAAAGAAGAAAAAUAGAUUUUGUUUUUGAUUUUAUAGUAUUCAUGACAUUUUCAUAUGUAUUUAAAGUAUGCUGAGAUAAAGAAGACAAAUAA